GCUGCGAGAGCGGCGCGCACCGACAGCCGGACGGACGGACUGACUGGCGGCUGGUCGGACAGACGGGGCAGCGCAGGGAGCUGGGACGCGGCGGGACAGCGACAUGGCCGGCCACACGCAGCAGCCGAGCGGGCGCGGGAACCCGGGCCCUGCUCCCUCGCCCUCCCCUGGCCCGGGCCCCGGGCCCGGCGCCUCGGAGCGGGUGGCGCUCAAGAAGGAGAUCGGGCUGGUGAGCGCCUGCACCAUCAUCAUCGGAAACAUCAUCGGCUCGGGCAUCUUCAUCUCCCCCAAGGGGGUCCUGGAGCACUGUGGUUCCGUGGGUCUGGCCCUCUUCGUCUGGGUCCUGGGUGGGGGCAUCACUGCCUUGGGCUCACUCUGCUACGCGGAGCUGGGAGUCGCCAUCCCCAAGUCUGGUGGGGACUACGCCUAUGUCACCGAGAUCUUCGGGGGCCUGGCUGGCUUCCUGCUGCUCUGGAGCGCCGUCCUCAUCAUGUACCCCACCAGCCUGGCCGUCAUCUCCAUGACCUUCUCCAACUACGUGCUGCAGCCCGUGUUCCCCAACUGCAUUCCCCCGGCCGCUGCUUCCCGUGCGCUCUCCAUGGCCUGCCUUAUGCUCCUGACAUGGGUGAACAGCUCGAGCGUGCGCUGGGCCACGCGCAUCCAGGACGUGUUCACCGGCGGGAAGCUGCUGGCCCUCUCGCUCAUCAUUGGCGUGGGCUUUGUCCAGAUCUUCCAAGGACACUUCGAGGAGCUGAGGCCCAGCAACGCCUUCGACUUCUGGAUGACGCCGUCCGUGGGUCACCUGGCCCUGGCCUUCCUCCAGGGCUCCUUUGCCUUCAGCGGCUGGAACUUCCUCAACUAUGUCACCGAGGAGCUGGUGGACCCUCGAAAGAACCUACCUCGUGCCAUCUUCAUCUCCAUCCCCCUGGUGACCUUCGUGUACACCUUCACCAAUGUCGCCUACUUCACUGCCAUGUCCCCCCAGGAGCUGCUGGCCUCUAACGCAGUGGCCGUGACCUUCGGGGAGAAGCUGCUGGGCUACUUUGCUUGGGUCAUGCCCGUCUCCGUGGCACUUUCCACUUUCGGAGGGAUCAAUGGCUACCUGUUCACCUCCUCCAGACUGUGCUUCUCUGGAGCCCGAGAGGGGCACCUGCCCAGCCUGCUGGCCAUGAUCCACGUCAGACACUGCACCCCUAUCCCUGCCCUCCUCGUCUGCGGCGGGGCCACGGCAGUCAUCAUGCUUGUGGGAGACACGUACACGCUGAUCAACUAUGUGUCCUUCAUCAACUACCUCUGCUACGGCGUCACUAUCCUGGGCCUGCUCGUGCUGCGCUGGAGGUGGCCGGCACUCCACAGGCCCAUCAAGGGGCGGCGAUGGCAGCGAUGGUGA